UUGAUCAAUAUACGAAACAUAACAGACAUGCUUCCUUUAACGGCUACUUAUUACGAUCCUAAACAAAAACUCUGGUCCGGACUGGUUAAAAAAGAUUUGUAUAAUGAAAAUAUAACAUUGGGUGAAGUGAUAUUUUUGGAAUUGUCUAAACAUCCACAAAAACUAAUACAAAUCAAUGAUUCAACAAAUGAAGAAAUGACAGCGCAGCAAUUUCUUGAUCAUGUUAUGGCUUUGAGUAAGAAUUUAUUGAAAAUGGGCCUUUAGGUAGGCGAUGUUGUGGGUAUGUAUGCCAAUAAUGCCACGCAUACAGCAACGGUUAUGGUGGCCGCCUAUUUUUGUGGUACUCCGGUAAAUGCUCUAUAUCCUGGUUUCGAUAAAGAUAGUGCUCAAUUAUUUUAUAAAGUUACCAGACCUAAAAUUAUAUUUUGUGAUGUAGAAAAUUACGAAAUUGCUGUAAAAGUUAAUCAGGACUUACAGUUGAAUGCACCCAUAUAUACAAUGAAUGGGGAAGUUGGGGGAGUGUCUAGUAUAUUGAGUUUGUAUGCAACAAAUGGUAAUUUUCCCUAUGAACGAAAACUGGAUACUGAGGGUAAAUUAACUGCCAACAAGAAAGUACGUAUAAUCAAUAAGAAUGGUGAAUUUUUGGGACCCAAUGAACAUGGUGAAAUAAUUAUUAAUACACCCUACAAAUGGUUUGGUUACUAUCACAAUGAAGCCGCCUCAAAGAAGGCUUACAUAGGCAAUUGGUUGCAUUCCGGCGAUAUUGGUUUCUUUGACGAUGACGGUUUCUUGCAUGUGUGCGCUCGUGAUAAUGAUGUUUUUAAAGCUCGCAACUUUCAAAUCUAUCCACCGCUUAUUGGAGAUGUUGUUAUGCAAGUGGCUGGCGUUUUUGAAGCCUGUGUUUUUGGUAUACCCGAUUUGAUGUCAUCACAUUUAAUUACUUGUGCAGUGGUUAGAACCGCGAACGAUAUUGGUCGCAAAUUGUCAGCUAAGGAAAUUAUUUCCCAUGUUAAAACGAAAAUGGGCAAUAUGUAUCAUUUAUCGGGUGGUGUUUAUUUUCUAGACGCCAUACCUAAAACCGGUUCGGGUAAAGUACAAAGAGCUAAAGUUGUAGAUAUUGUGCUAAAAAUGAAGGAGAAAUAA